AAUCACAUAUUCUCAAUCAAUCUAAGGAACCCAGAAGAAAAAGGUGUCGCCUUUAUCCUCCAAAAAAAAAAGGGUUCCAGAUUGAUUCUUAAACUACAGUUUUUGAUAUUGAUUCUGUAGUUUUAGUCUUCUUCUUCUGCUUUCGUUCCCACUUCGGUGAUGGAUGGUAGAGAUCAACCUCGCGUAGAAGAACAUAGCUCUCUCCCUCCUCCACCUCAAAGGGAUGGAGAUUCUCCUGAGAUUGCACAAGAAGAAGACCCAUGGAGACGUGGCAUUGUGUCGGGAUCAACACCUGAAGACACCGGGGAGGAUCUCUCGAGACGAAAUGCAUCCUUAACAUCAAGCCCUGUUGCUAAAAGAGUAAACUUUUCUCCAAUGUCGAGUCCUAGAAUCGGCCAACGCGGCGCAUCACUCAGCCCUUCCUCUUCAAGAAACAAACCUAAUAGUUUGAAGAAUCUAGUCCCGAAGCUGAGCUUCAAAAACAGGAACAGCGAUGUCGAGAAAGCUGAUGAUUUGGCCUUUGAAGGCAAUGGGAGGGACAGGUCCACGUGGACUCUCAGUAAUAUUUUGACUCCUAGGUUGAAGAAAACUGAGUCCUUGCCUGUUACCCCUUUAGCUCACUCUAAUCCUGGGUCUACACAUGGGAGAUAUGUGGUUGAUCCGGUUACUUCCAUGAAGAAAGGCCCUCCACUGCCUAUACACCGAUCACGCUCCGUUCCAGCGUUCAACAAAGAUGGUAGUCUAAGGCAAGCAGGUGUUUUCCGGGUGAUUCCUACUCCUAACAUGACGCCAGCAAGAAAUAAUAUUAAACUUAACGACACGGAUGUUGAUGGAGGAGAAGAUGUUCCUGAAGAAGAAGCUGUGUGCAGGAUCUGCAUGGUGGAAUUGGGAGAAGACUCGGAUGCCUUCAAGAUGGAGUGUAUGUGUAGAGGUGAAUUAGCUCUUGCACACAAAGAAUGUACAAUCAAAUGGUUCACCAUUAAAGGGAACCGAACGUGUGAUGUGUGUAAGCAAGAGGUUCAGAAUCUCCCUGUGACUCUGCUUCGAAUGCAGAACUCGCAGGGUAACUUUGGAGAUGCUGAUACGGAGGCUUCUCACUACAGUGUAUGGAAGGAUGUUCCAGUGCUUGUCAUUGUAAGCAUGCUUGCAUACUUCUGUUUCCUCGAGCAGCUUCUGCUGACCAAAAUGAAAUCCGGCGCCAUUGCAAUAUCUUUACCAUUCUCUUGCGUUCUUGGUCUUCUUGCCUCUAUGACAACAACAACAAUGGUGAAGAAGCAAUAUAUCUGGAUUUACGCAACAGUUCAGUUCGGUCUUGUAGUUUUUUUCUCUCACAUUUUCUUCUCAUUGGUUCACAUGAAGCCGGUCGUGUCCAUUCUCUUAGCCACAUUGGUUGGGUUUGGACUCACCAUGAGCGGGCAAACGGGUAUAGCCGAAUUUGCAAAAUGGAGGAGAGUCCAGAGGACAACUGAACCUCCAAGCAGUAGUCCAGUUCAGACAGCAGGUUAGAGCAUCUAUGGAUCAUGAAACUGAAGCCAGAGCUCAUGAAUGCUGAUCACAUGUUCCACUAGCGGUUUAGAGAUGUGAGAACAGAUUGGUCAUGUGGAUUAAGUAGUGAUGAUACCUGGAAGAGUUUAAAGAUUGUUUUUGGGUGGUCUCUUUUGUGUGUGAAUCUGAGAGUAUAUCAGGCGUGUUAUAAAGGCUUAUUUUUUGGUACUGUCUUGCGCAAAAAUGCAAGUACAAAGGACAUAUAUAUAUACUCAUCAUGUUUUAUUCUACACUGA